AUGUCCUCAAGCACAUCUCAACUGAACAGCACAAGCAGAUCCAAGUGGGCAACAAGUACAAGAUCAGCAAGAACUGCCUUCAAGGAGCUCCUCAUUGCCUGCCAGAGACAUGUCAAGUUCCUGAGCAAGGCAAGAAAGGUGGCUACACGCCUCAUGGAUAGGGACUUCAUCCACCUCAAGAACAAGGUGGCUACUGGAGAGUGGGAGCAACUUCUUCUGAUCCUCAGCAAUCCACACAUCAGAAUUGAAGACGUUAUCCAAGAGUUGCAAGAGAGGAUUCAAAAGGAGAAAGAGGAGAAGGAGAAAGCUGAAGAAAAGGAGAAAUGUAGAGCAAAGGCUAAAGGCAAGAGGAAAUCCACUGACUCAGCAGAAGAACCUUUUGAACCAGCAUGA